AUGAGUUACGCGUACUUGUUUAAAUACAUAAUCAUCGGCGAUACGGGUAAACACAUUCUGUUAUUCUUUACCGUUACUUAUACCAAGAGCGGGUUCCUCGAAAUCAUAAAAAACGCUCGCGUGGGAAAAUCGUGCCUGUUGUUACAGUUCACCGAUAAAAGGUUCCAACGCGUGCACGAUUUAACCAUCGGCGUAGAGUUCGGGUCGAGAAUGGUGACCAUCAAUAAUCAACAAGUCAAGUUGCAAAUCUGGGACACGGCUGGACAAGAAUCGUUUCGGUCGAUAACGCGAUCGUAUUACCGAGGCGCCGCGGGCGCGUUGCUCGUGUACGACGUUUCGCGCAGGGAAACGUUUGAAAACUUAAACGCUUGGCUGGAGGAUUGUCGGCGCCACGCGAACGAGUACGUGACGAUUACUCUGGUAGGAAACAAAGCCGACGGCGCUGCGGCGCAAAGACAAGUCAGCGAAGAGGAAGGGUUACGGUUUGCAAGAGAAAACGGUCUUUUAUUUGUCGAAACGAGCGCGAUGACUUCUGCCAACGUCGACGGCGCGUUCAUCGAAACCGCGCGCGUAAUCUGUAACAAAAUCGAAGAAGGGUACUUAGACCCGACGAAUGAAACCAACGGGGUAAAAAUAGGGUACAUGCCUGGUGGAAGACACCAUCACCACCACGACCAAUCUCGAGAGGGCGAAUCUCGGAGCGGGUCGGUCACCAUAGAGGAGAUGGAAAAAGAACGAGCCGCCGGGACGUACGGUUCGGUUGGGAAAUGUUGUUAG